GUUCUUUGCUGGGCAGAACCGCCACCAAACCAACCAGCAUCCCCCCUUCCCACCAAAAGACCUCAGAAAAGCUCCAGCAAGAUCUUUGUUGCCAGACCAUCGUAACAGCAUCACAAAAGAACACAAAGCCAAGUAAUAAGAGAGCAGGGGUAGCCAAGACACACGGGUCCGUCAAAAAAUGGCGCCAACAGCCAGAGAAACUGAGCGCGCUGCUUGGGCAUGGGUUGGCCAGGUGUCCCGUGCGCAGGACAUUACACAGGCACACAUCAACUGCGCGUUUCGCGUAGACCACCCAGUCUGCCCCGUGCAGCGGUUUGACGUGGCUUCAGCAUCAAGUCCGGACGGCGCUGGUUCUGGCGCUGAGACCUCGACGGCUGCAUUGGCUGCGUCGGACGCUGGGGCAAACCCGGUUGCGAGCCUGGCUGGACACCGCAAGAAUUGCACGAGCAAUCCCAACUGCGUGGGCCAUCUGGGCGAGACGGGCCUGCGAUGGUCUGCAGAGACGGCGGUUGGCGCGCGCGCUGCCGAGCGCCGUCAGCAAUCCCAGUCCAAGCAGCAGCAGCAGCAGCAGCAGCAGCAGCUCAAGGCAUCCAGCAACGAAAUGCCAAGCGCUGCUAGUACGAGUUUGGCUGCCACGGUGCCAAGCGAGGCAAUGCUGGUCAAUGAUGCAACGGCCGAGGGACCGUUGGAUGGCGAGGCAUCGCUCGAUUGCAAGCCAAAAGGACGACGAAGUGCGUCCAGGAGCGCGUCUGCCAAGCAAUCCUCAGCUCGUUCGCAAUCCAACACGAGCGAGGCGUCAUCGAAGGACGCCAUCCCUGCAACGGCCGUCAUCGCACCUGCUGCGACGGCACGAGCUGCUGCUGCUGCUGCUGCUGCGUCCGGCGUGACCUCAUCAGACCAAGCAGGCCAGUCCGUGUCUGCCACUGAACUCUUUCCCGACGUGCCUGAAAUCACUGACGACGAUGUUCGACAAGUAGAGUCCAAGAUCCUGUCCAUUCUCGGGCCAGAUCCGCAACUCUCCCUUCGACCGGCUGGAGAAUACGCUGGUCUGCGCAACCACGGCGCAACCUGUUAUGCCAACUGCUUUUUGCAGGUCUUGUUCCACAACCAAAGCUUUCGAAGAGCCAUUUUGGCCUACAAUCCAAGCCAAUCCAAACGGCUACGGCACUUGCAGCCCGACAAGAGCGCCUGCUUUCAAUUGCAAGCGCUCUUCAUGCGCCUGCUCCACAGCAGGACGUCUUUCGUCGAUCCCCUGGCCUUGAUUGAGACGCUUGGCCUCAAGAAGAAUGAGCAACAGGACGCGCAAGAGUUCAACAAGCUGUUUCUGACGCUUCUCGAGCGCGAGGUGAACGACCAGCCUGAUGCCACCGUCCGCCACAUUGUCCAAAGCCAAUUUCGUGGCAUGUACGUGUAUGUGACGCAAUGUCUCCAGUGCAAGACCGAGUCUGUGCGAGACUCUCCGUUCUUUGAGCUCGAGGUGCCCGUCCAAGGCCAUCGAACGUUGGAUGAUUGUCUAAACUCCAUGCUUGCGAAAGAGCAACUCAACGGAUCCAACAAGUACUUUUGCGGAAGCUGCAAUGCAAAGCAAGACGCCGUGCGGUUUAUGCGCCUGCGCGAGAUGCCGCCAGUCCUCAACAUCCACCUGCUACGAUACAUUUACGAUCCUGUAGCACACAACAAGAAGAAACUGGUCAACCCAAUCACCUUCCCGGACGAGCUCGUUCUGACCCCAGACCGCUUUGUUGCCUCUGCGCCCACAACCACAAUCAAGUACAAGCUCAAGGCCGUGCUGCUUCACCGAGGCAAUUCCGCCAACGCCGGUCACUAUUUCGCUCAUGUUCGAGCGCCAGCCACCGAGUCGGCGGCAACGCUGGGCGCGGACGCAAGCAGCAGCAGCAGCUGCAGCAGCCAACUCCUCGGCCAAAAUGGCACACAUCGCCCUGUGUCCAGUGGCGCUGGUGGUUCUAGCAGUUCCAAUGGUAGCGAAGCUCUUGGAGGCCUGUCGCAGUCUCCGACUUCCAAUUCGGCUGACGUGUGGUGGACGUUUGAUGACGAGCACGUCACUGUCAUGGACGACGAGACUGCUCGCACCAAAAUGGAUCACGAGCGAGGCUACACCUCCUACACUGCUGCUGCGGCCGCCAAUGCUGCAGCGAGCGAGCUUGAGAACGGCAGCGACACAAGCGUCGAGAGCACGUCGAAGGCAAACUCAACGGGCCGUAAAAGCAAAAGUAAAAGCAAAAGGAACACGGGCAGCACAACAGCUGCUGGCCGUGGUGCGCGCAAGCGACCCACCAAGUCGAACAACCCGCCAAGUCAUCGCUCGUCCGACUUUCUCGCAGACGAUGGCGAUGACUCCGACCUCAUCGUUGCUCAGCUCCUGCAAGCCGGUUCCGAUGAUGUGGAAUUGAGCGGGGUGACGUCAGACCACUCCAGCGAUGAAGAGUAUGCGAGCAAGGAGGCAACAAAGUCUGUCCGCAAGGCACCUGGGCGGAAGGGCAGGCCCGCCAAAGCGUCUCAGAGCGCGACACGAGGCAAGCGGACUCGCGCCCAAGCCGAAGAGGAAGAUGCCGUGAUUGAAAUUUCAAGCCAACAAGCGCGCGACCCCAAGGCCAGUGCGAUGGUUGUGGAUGUGGCCAGUACCGAGCCGCAGGGCAUCGAAUUGAUUGAUAUUUCGAGUCUGGACGGAGUGCCGCCAACACAUAAACCCACAGAAGCAUCCAAUAGUGACUCGAGUGAGUUUCCACUACCGUCAGCAUCAACACCAUCUUCAACAGCAGCAGCAGCAGCAACAGCAACAGCAGCACUGGUGCUGGCCGAGGUCAUUGCCAGCGAAGACGACGAAGCGGCUCGUCCAGGCAAACGCCCUCGCCGUGAUGCGACCGCCGACCAAGUUCCUCCUCACCACCAUCGCUCAGGCAAGGCAUACAUGCUUGUCUACGUCCGCGAAGGAUCAGACAAGGAGCUCGCGGGCGCCGUUGACCAACCGCAGUCGGUUAGCCAACCCAUGGACGUGGACAUGGACGACGUCGCGUCGGUCGACCAGCCAGCAGACUCGAGCACCAACCGCUCACCCUCGUCCGCUUACCAGGCGGCCAUGCAUGCCAUCCGUCAAAUGAACGAAGAACUGGGCCGACACGUCAUCGCCUACAAUCAGCGCAAGCAGCAGAUGCUGCGCACCGUUUUGGAGAGCAAGCUGGCCUCUCGCCGAUGGUUUAACGCGCUCGCGCGACCAGUUCGUCAUCCGAGUGCGCAUGCGCUGCAGCAGCUGCUGCAGGACGUCAAUGUUGAGGUCGAAGUCGAUGAUGGCAACGAUGUCACGACCAUUUCGGAAAGUGCCCCGCAGCCACCGCUGCUGCAACAGAAUACUGCCGACGAUGGCGGCGCGUUUGACAUUAUCUCGAUGGAUUGGCUUCGAAACUGGCUAACACGCGUCGAUCGCGAUGCAGUCCCCGCAGUGAACAACUCGGCGAUUCUCUGCGACCACGACAAGGUGGAUCCGCUGGCGAUUGCCCAUUUCAAGUUCAUCCGCUCGGACACGGCCGAAGCCUUGUACAAGCGCUACGGCGGAGGACCGCGACUCACAGCACCAGAGGCCUUGUGCCGGGAAUGCGUCGUCCGUGAGUGGCACGUGCGCUCUACGGCGAAUCAGCUGACGGCCGAUCAGCUGCAUGUCAAGCAGAUCGUGGAGGCAGCUGCAGGCGCUCCGAGCCCGGCUUCUUUGAAGGACUGCGCAUGGGUUGGCCGUCAGAGCAUGCGAGAUUGGCUCCGUCUCAAGACCUCCGCACAAUCCGAGCAAGCGCGAUCGGAGCAAAGUCGUCUGGAAGACUUGCAACAGGCGCGUCAACUGGAAGCUCGUCAGAUUAUCGCCGAGCAGGAUAUGGAGCGCCAAAAAGAGCGCGAUCAGUCUGCCCUGACAGCCCUCAACGCGACUGCAGCAAAGCUGGUGAUGCUGGACAACCCGGCUCCCUCGUCUGCCACGGCCAUGGAAAUAGAUGGCGAGCCGUCGUCGUCGUCGUCGUCGUCGUCGUCGUCGUCGUCGUCGUCGUCGUCGUCGUCGUCGUCGUCGCCGUCGUCGCAGCAACCAUUGAUGAAGCUCGAGCACACCAACGGCACUCACGGGGGUGAUGCUGGCGACGAUGACGAGGUCGUCUUCCAACAGGCUCCAGACGUCUCCAUCUUGCCGAACGCCCUCCGUUCAGCUGACGCAAAUGCUGCUGCUGCCGUUGCUACAAUCGACCUGGGUGAGCUGCCACCAAGCUCGUCUACCAACAAGCCAGCUGCCAAGUCGAGCUCGACUCUUUUCAACGGCGAGUUGAUCUGCCGGCACGGCAAUCUGGUGCCGGAAUCCAUCGCGCCUCGAACGGCUGUGCCCUUGGGUGUUUGGCAUCUCCUUCCCAUCCAUUGGCCCGACAGCAGCACUGUCCAGCCCAUUCCAGCGACGACGCCCGACUGCAGCCUUUGCCUUGCUUCGCACUCUGCCAAUCACUUGGCGGCGUCCCAGGUCCACGCCGAUUUGGCGCAGCAGCGGUCAUUGCUCAGCGCCUUGUACAAGAACACGCAUCGGCCAGUCUUGCACGCGAGCGAGCCGGCGCGAGUUCCAGAUGUCGUCCAGCGGCAGUUGGCAGCAGACGCAGUGUUUGCUGCUCACGACGACGAAGACAUUGACCUUGUGGACGACAGCGCAGAUGCUCGCUCCCGGCCAGCAGUUGCGAGUCAUGCCGCCGAGCCAGAAAACGGCCAUGCUGGACGCAAUCCAGUUCUGGCUGCCUUCGCGGUCAAUGUUUUCGCGGUGGAGUCGGUCUUUUUGGACCAGUGGAGGGCUGUGCUACGCAAACCCAAAGGCGCAGUUCUUCCAGGCGUGUUGACCAACGACAGCUUGUUUUGCCACCACUCUGAGCUGGUGAUUGCGCCAUUGGACGCCAUCGACCCGAUGCUGGGUGCUGAAAUGCCCUCUCCUGCUCGAUACACCCUUGUCUGGCCACGCGAGUGGGACUUGCUGGUGAAAUGGUACUCGAAACCACGCGAAUCAGCAGCCGUUUCCAGUACUCCCAACAACCACAGUCUGUCCUCCGGUGAUGUUCAGGACGGGGUUGCCAUCGCGGAUGAAGCAAUCACGGCAGCAGCGUCUUCCUCCUCUGCUGGAGCCACGCCUCGCGCUGUCAUGUUGCAAUUCGACCCCGUUGCGCGUUGCUGGGCAUCCGUCAUUCCAACCUGCACGUCUUGUAUUGGCCGGCUUCGGCAGACAGAGGAAGAGGCGCGUUUUAUUUAUGUCGACUCACCAUUCACGGUCGUGCACCUAGCCAAGUCGGAGUGGUCUCAAGUUCACCAUCAGGCUGUUGAACGCGCGCGCCAACCCGCAGUCAUGCCCUGGGGUAGCGCGUCGGCCAUCGUACCAGCACCGGCCAGCCCCGACAACCCGCCGUCCACAGCAGGCGAGUCGCCAUCCACGCCGUCCCAGGGUAGAUUCUCUGUUCUCGGCACACGUAAGGCUUCGCGCCGUCGCGGCAAACAACACAAGGUGUUUGUUUCAAGCACCGACACGCUGAAAAAGCUCAAAUUAGAGAUCAUGACAAAGUUCCAAGUAGCACCGAUCGAUCAGCACGUUUUCGAUGGUGAGCGAGAGCUGCGCGGAGACACGCUCACGCUUGCCCAGCUCCAUGUAGCCCCAAGCAGCGUGCUCGAGCUUGCUAUCGAUCAAGUGGAUUCGCAGCCCGAUCUCGAGGCGAUUAUCGCGGAAGAAGCUGAUACAUCCGCUCGAGGCAAGAUCGAGACAGGAUUCAAAGGAACUGGAUUGCUUUCACUUUGAGGAAAUUUCGGAUUGUGCUUGUCUUUUGAUGAACUUAUUUUUGGUAGCCUGUGUAUUAUUAACAACUGUGUUCUCGACAAAAACAAGCCUGUCGCUUCAUUUGCUGGACAUUGCAG